UCAAUCCAGGCGUCGGCGGACAUUGUUGCUCCAUCUGUCCGGCCGCUCAUUGUCCAACCGGCCUGCUGGAGGACGCCGUCUCGCUCCGGAAGAUGCUUGGAUGGGGCAACUUUGGCUCCCGAUUUGUGUCCAUUUCACCGGCAGCGUUUCUCCUCAUCUCCUCAGCGAGGAUUUAAAUAUGUGGAAAUGAGACACCCAGGUCUGACUGGCUCUGGCUCAGGUGAGUGGAGCUUUGUGAAGGAGCGCUGCUCGGCCCGGUGUGCUGGAUGUCUGUGACGGAUCCAUGGGCCAGAAGGACCAUGUGGAGGCGGGAGCAGUCCUCGACCUGGCGCCAGACCUGGAGUAUCUCCACGUAGCAGGGGCCGACCGGCAGGCUGGCGGCCUUGAAGGACCCCCUGCUAUGGAGGAGCAGGCGGAGAGCUUCACCACCACCACCACCGCUGUUUGUUCCCCUCCGGAGGAGAGCGGUGGGUCUGAUGGCGAGUGCAAGACGGCGCCGCCGGCCACAGCAGACUCAGACGGAGGAGAGGUCAGCUACACUUCCAGUAAAAACACCCACCAGCCGCUGUGCCGCACGCCAUGUGUAGAUCUGGGCACGGAGGGGCCUCCGGAGGCUCCGUCGGAUCCCUCAGGAGAACCGGAGCGGGAACCGGCCGAGCCUCUGGCCGACUGCCCCGCACCAGAACCAGAGCCCAAGCUGGCGGGGAAGGACUACCAGGCGAAGCUGGAGUUUGCCUUGAAGCUGGGUUACUCUGAAGAGACUGUGCGCCAGGUGCUGUCCAAGCUCGGACCCGACACCCUCAUCAACGACAUACUGGGCGAAUUGGUCAAACUGGGCACCAAACCUGACAGCGAGCAGCCAGCGGGAAUAUUGACUUCUACCUCAUCGUCUUCAUCAUCCUCGUCUUGUGGCUGCUCUGAUGUGCUAGAUGGGCAGAGAUCGGACUCUCCACUACCCACGGAGUCUGUCUGUGACCAGGACAACCUGCGACCGAUCGUGGUGGACGGCAGCAACGUGGCCAUGAGUCAUGGAAACAAGGAGGUGUUUUCCUGUCAGGGCAUCCAGCUGGCUGUAGACUGGUUUGUGGAGCGCGGCCAUCAGGAAAUCACGGUUUUUGUGCCUGCUUGGAGGAAAGAGCAGUCCCGCCCUGAUGCUCCAAUAACAGAUCAGGAGAUCCUGCGGCGCCUCGAGAAAGAAAAAAUCCUGGUCUUCACCCCCUCACGGCGCGUCCAAGGCCGGCGCGUGGUCUGUUAUGACGAUCGCUUCAUCGUCAAGCUGGCUUAUGAGUCAGAUGGCAUCAUCGUCUCCAAUGACAACUACAGAGACCUGGCUAAUGAAAAGCCUGAGUGGAAAAAGUUCAUAGACGAGCGGCUGCUCAUGUAUUCCUUUGUCAAUGACAAAUUUAUGCCUCCAGAUGAUCCUCUCGGACGUCACGGCCCCAGCCUGGACAACUUCUUGAGGAAAAGGCCAAUCCUGCCUGAGCAGAAGAAACAACCCUGUCCAUAUGGGAAAAAGUGCACGUAUGGCCACAAGUGCAAGUACUACCACCCUGAGAGAGGAGCUCAGCCUCAGCGCGCCGUGGCCGAUGAGUUGCGUGCCAGUGCCAAGAGCUGCGUCCCCUCCAAGAACCAGGGGGAUGCUGGACUGGUGAAGAGCCACAGUGUGCCAGCUGGCACCAUCGAGGCAAAAAACGGUGCCCCAAAAAGGCAAUCGGAUCCCAGCAUCCGAGCUCUGUCGUACAGUGACGCUGAGGAGAAGCUACUGGUGAAAAGUAGACUAGACAGCCAGAAGAGCAACAUAGGUGGGAGCAGCAGUAGCAGUUCUAGUAGCAACAUCAGCUGUAGCAGAGGUUUAGCUGUGUCUUCAGCCCUGGCAGGAUCGUCACCUGGUUUUGGUCUUUUGCAAGACCAACAGUCCAGAUCAGGGACACAUCUACCGGCCCCCAGCCAUGAUCUCUACCCUCACUGUGAGACUCCAGACUUAAGCUACUACUCUGUAACACGGGCCUACUCUGGUCUGAGCCUCUCCUCCCGACGAAGCCCGGACUGCCGCUACCCCAACGAUCCGGAGCUGCGGCUCGGCUCGAUGGGCUCCACAGGUUCUGAAUGUGGGAGUGAAAGCAGCAUCAGUUGUGGUAGCAGUGACUCGUAUAGUGACCGAUCCUGUCCCGGAUGCCCCCCAGAACCUUUAUUAGAAGAAAGCGUUCAUUUCCCCAACCCCGCUGGCCGUCUGUACGCUCAUCACAUCGCUUCUAACCAUGAGCUGUGCGGUCUGCAUGCGGCAGAUUACCCAAGCAUCCAACACAACCACACCUCUAAUCCAGCCGUUCAUUCCUACCAUCUGAAUGCUGCGUGUGGGCAGAGCUGUGUUCAUGAGCAGCCUCCACCAGAGGGACCCCCUAAGCGACCCCUUUACCCUCUGCCUCCUCACCUCCAACACCAGCCGCUAGCUGCCCGCUCCAGCUGCCCCGGCGACUACCAUUCUCUGCCUCAGUCCAACCGUCAGCCCCCUGGAUCUCCCAUUGGCCGCUGCCUGGCCCCCACUCGCAGUGAAAGUGUGUCCGACUCGCAUCUGUACGAACAUCUCUCUGCGUCUCACCACCACCAUCGACCGAAAACGCUGCCCAGCUGGGAGACUUAUUACAGACAGCCGUCACUCCCACCGUCGAGGUACGAGCCGUCAGCCUACCAGAGUCUGCCUGACACGCAUCAGUCGUCCUGGCACCCCGCACCGUGGCCUCAAGAGGGCUACAGCUCGUCUCACCCAGCUCUGCACCCGUCCCCGACACGUUACCUAGGCCACCCGCCGCCACCAGCCCUCUCACCCCACCCUCCUUACUCGCCUCAUAGCUCCCAUCUCGCUCUUCUGUCACACCCUCCUCCUCCGUACGGGCCGCAGCACCCGGAGUCCCCCGUGCACUGCCGCUACGAAGACGUGAGGGAGAAGGUGUACGUCGACCUUUGCAACAUCUUCCCCUCGGAGCUGGUGAGGCGUGUGAUGGCUAGGAGCCCCCAUGUCGCGGACCCCCAGCAGCUGGCUGCCGCCAUCUUGGCAGAGAAAGCGCAAAGUGGCUACUGAAGAAUCCCCUCCCGUUUGGACAAGCAAAAGAAAUUAGUCAAGAACUUUUAAGCAAUGUAGGUGCAGUCUUAAAGGGGCAGUAUUAUAUAUUUUCAGGCAUAUAGUAAUUAUAAAAAUGCUCUAUUUGGGUGUCAAAUAUGACUUAAAAAAACUUUCAUUUAAUCAAACAUGCAUGAAAGAAUCAAGGCAGCUCUCCAGGUAUGUUUCUGAUGAGGGAAUAACAUCAUAACUUGAUGUAAAGCUCUAAAAAGUCUAUUUUGCAUAAAACUGCCCCUUUAAUGAAAUACCUGGAAGAUGCUAAUAAAAAACGCAGCUCUGAUCUCUGUAGGAACAGUCAUCUUUGAGAAUCUGUUACCCAGAUGAAGCAGUUCUUUUGUUUUUAAAGUAGACACGUCUUUAACAAGCAAGACUACUUUUACAUGACUGCCCAAAGGAACGUUUAUGAUUUUACAUCGAAAUUAUAACUUUGUCAGCUGCUACAUUAAUGAUCAAUUAUUAAACAUGUAUUAUACAUGGAUGUAUUGAACUCUUGCUAACACAAAAUACUGUUUUAAUCUUUUUCUAGGAUGCUAAGACACAUUUUCAGCUUUAUAUCCAAAACCGCUGGUCUUUCCUAUGGAGUAUUCUGACUUUUCUCUUGUCUGUAUUUAAUUCCGAUGAAGUUAAGCUACAGGACACUUGGCUAACAUUUAAUAAUUCAGUUACUUAACUCUUUGUACUUCAAAGAACACGAACCCUAAUUUUGCAGUCCAGUGUGUGAAACAGUUUUAUAUCAUGUUGGUGGAGGUAUGCCACCGACUUCAAUAAGAAUUAACUUUGACUGAAUAAGGCUGUCUAGAGAAACCUGCAGAAAUGCAGUUGUUUAGGUUAAAGUUCACAUGGCUUAAAAACUAUGUAUUUACAGAUUAAUGAUCUUUAUGCUACAGUUCACUCUCUGGUACUUGGUCUGUUUCCUGUAUCAAUCUUUUUGUGUGUGUGUUGUGUUUGCUGGGGGUUUUUUCCAUGAUUGUUUAAAAAAAAAAAGGGUGUUCAAAAUGUCGUCUUAUUGAGACGGCAGUCUUUUUUGGUCAGAGUUGUAAGCCGUAGAGAUGGGUGACCCUGUCCUGUGUACCUUAGUUUUAGUAAGGGACAUCUCUCUCAUUCUCUCUCUCUCUGUAAGCCCUAGACUUUUGGGUCAACUCUGGUUAUCUGCUUCAGUUCAGGCGCAUCGUCGACAGCAAGUGUAAAUAUAUUUAACCGUUUUCUUUCGCUUUGCUUUCGGGGCAGUAGAGUCUGCUGUCGUCUGGAGCAGAUCCCAGCUGAAUUCACGCUAGACGGAGAAAAACCCUGUUUGAUACAAAUUGUAUCAUGAACUAAGUCGCUGACAUUAUAUACAGUACAUGGACUUGUCGUUGUAAAGCGAAAUGACAAAGUGCAUUGACAACCGUUCUGUUUUAAUCGCAAUUUUACAACUUUUAUUCUUAAAAAUAGCUUUGCGACAAUUCAUUUGAAUAUAUAUUUUUUGAAAAUUAGUUGCAGACCUACUAUGUUUAGGUAUCAACUACAUUACUUGUUAUUUUUGGGUUUUGUUAUUGGCUACGUUGGUAAAGAUGUGUAAGAAGAAACCAAUUUUACAUUUACACAAUCGCAAUAAAUGAGGAAAAAGUGCAAUUUUCACAUUUCUGUUUAACAUAAUGGAUCUUUUUACACAUCGAUAAGCAGGGUGGGCAAUAACAAUGGAAGCUGCUGUAAAUAACCAUUAAAGGAACAUUUAGUGAUUGACAGCCUGAUUUUACUCUAAGGUUGGGAUCACUACGUUUUUAAAUCUCCAUUCUCCGUUUAUUGGCGUUGUUUUUAUGUACGUAACACAAGUUGUAAUGAAAGAACUUAAAACAAUUUCUCCCAAGUCAUGAAUUCAGUAGAGUUCAUUCAUGAUUAAAAUAAUACUUAGAUGAUAUCCCUGUGGCCAUUUUGAAUUUCUCUAACGCCUAAAUAGCAUUAUUUUCAUCACACAUACACACCCUAUACUUAUUUACGAACUCUAUUUGAUUUGACGAUUUACCAGACAAGAUAAUGAUGAUGUUGUUUUCUAAAUCCCAAUGGGACGCAUGGUUAUUUAUAUAUAUUCAAAAUGAUUAGGAUUUAAAUAAAUUGAUGAGCAGUUUUUAAUAUUUUUGUGAAAACUGCUUAUCAAAAUACUAUAAAACCCUGAGCAUGGUUUUGAUGGAAUUUUCCUCAGAUUUCUUUCGACCCUGAUGAUGUUUUGCCAUAUAAUUGCAAAAAAGCACUUAGGAAAAAAAGACGAAAGGAGAUUAUAUUACUUGAAAACGCCAAACUUUUAAAUUAGAAAGAAUUCAAACCCCCAUUUGAAGUUCAAAAUGGCUACCAAGGAGGGUAGCUUGAGUGAAUCUUGUUACAAGCUUGCUUCGUAGACCAGACAUUGUACAAAUAUCUGUUUAACUGUACAAUAAUACUGAGAGAGAAUUCUUUGUGUUUAUUGAAGAAGCGCCUUCCCUCCGGCUUCCUGGCACUGUGUGUCAGUGUGGCGACUGAGCGUGGGCCCAAAGUAAUGCCUCUUCGUGGCAUUGUGCUUAUGACACAUCCGAUAAUCUGAACUAUGUUCAGCUAACUAUUAUGCAUGAAGUUUUUUUAAAUUCUUUAUUUUCUGCAUGAGUUGUUUUUGUCUUGCCAUGAUGUUACUGACAGGCCUGUAGGUUUAAAUGUUUGCUUGCUUGUAAAUUUUAUGAGCAGCUACAACAGACCAGGAUGCUUUAUUUAUAGUGUACACUAACCAUGAAGGGGGCGUCACCUCCUCUCCUGUUUACUGCACCCUGUGGUAACUUCUGACUUGUAAGUAUUUUAAAAUUGACUCGGAGGCUAAAAGUCCAGUUUCACAUUUGUUACAUUUUCUCAAUAAACUAACAGUGUAAAAACUUCAACUGUAAUUGUGAUUGUUGAAUAAAGGCAACAUACUGCUCUAAAAUACA